AAAGUGGCCUCCGCAGCUCGCGACGCAGCGACACCGCGUGUGGAUCACGGCCUCGGAGGAGCGCGCAACAGCAACAAUCCCAGGCUCUGCCAUCGAUCGGACCUCUUCACAUCGGCGCCGUCUCGCGUUACUCCUCCCCGCGUGUCCCCUCUCACUCGGAUUCUUCCCACUCACUCCUUCGUCUCCGGCGCUUAGCUGUGCUUGCUUUGCUCACUACCGAUCUCGAUUCGUUGUUGUUGUGGUUCUCCCUGUUGUAGGACCUCUUUCAGGAUUUCAGUGUAGUUUGUGAGCUGGUUAGUGGAUUUUGGGUCUGUUUGUGUGGUGGGUUAUGGCUGUGCGAGUGAUGUCUAGCGCGGUGCCCGACAUGACCGCGCCUUCCAUGUCCACGCCGUCGUCAAGGAUGCCAUCAUCCUCAAGUGUUGAAAUUGGUGGUCGCACUGGUGGUGUGAUGAUGCCGAUGCGCCUGGCCAACCCGCCUUGUACCCUGGCGUUUGUUUACGGGACCCUGAAGCAGGGGUUUUCGAACCACUGGUUGAUUAAGGAAGUGGUCGAGGAGGGUCAUGCUCAUUUCAUCGGCGUAGCGAGGACGAAGACCAGGUAUCCGCUUGUUUGCGGGCCAUUUCAAGUGCCGUUCCUUCUCCACAUGCCAAAUUCUGGUCUUCAAGUGAAGGGCGAGCUCUACGCGGUUGAUCAAUCUGCUUUGGAAUUACUAGACGAGCUGGAGGGUACAACCAAAGGGCACUACGUGCGCCGACCCCUGGUUUUGACGGGCCUGCAGUCUCUGCAAGUCGACCAUGCACCAACUGAGGUAUUUGCCGAGGCUUACUUCGCCGACCCUACAUUGCAGCGCGGAUUGUCUAGCGCGCCUCACAUCAAGGCCUAUACGAAGAGAGAAACGGAGAACUACGUGUACAGGAAGGACCGGCCUAAGAAUCGGACGUUUCUGGAGCAUGUCAACAAUUGGAUCGAUUCCCAGGGACCUCUUUCUUACAUCCAGAAGUGAAUGGGGUUUUGCUAGUGAGGCUCCGUCUAGAUCCUCCCCAUGUAGGUAAAUAGCAAACGUUGAAACUGAUGUGGAAUACCUGCAACACGUCGCCAGACAUCCAACUGUAUAUUCUCGAUGCGGGGAAUUCACUGUAUCAAAUUAACAACACUUGAACUUCUUGUGGUCUGAUUCUAGGACAGCAGAUUCAUGGUACACAACACUGAAAUACAACCGAAGAUGCGGCGACCUUCAACUAAGUGGGACCCGUCGAUCUAAGGUUCCAACUGCACAGACUAGACCGAGUUCUAGGGUUUUCAGAGCUUGUUUGAAAGCUUUUAAACCUCGACAUUCUUUGUCGUUGGAUGUGUACUAAUGCGUAUUAUUGUAUUAUGGGUUUUUUCUCCUUCUCUCAGAGCAAGAUCAGUGGCUUAUUUAGUCAUUGCUUCUUUUU